GCGGCAUGCAAGGACACAUGCCUUCCGGUCUUGUCUAGAAUGGAUACAGUAAUUUAACGUCACAGUUUUGUUAUGUGAAUUUUAGCUAAUCCUAACCUAAUUCUCUUUAUCUGCUGUGUACGUUCUAACCUGCUACGUAAAGUCAAUUUUGACCGAAGCUGUAUCCCUUCUAGACAAACCCCUUCCUUCCCGCCUUUGGGACAACAACCCUGUUUAGGGCGGAGACAAGACCAUAUCUGACUAGCUUCACAUUGCUGGCAGCAUGCUAGGUAGCUACAGUAUAUAGUUAGCUUGGUUCUUAUUCUAUGCGAAUGAGACUGAGGGCAAAAUGGCUACAGCUUACAAUAUGUUUCAGUCAGAAACAACAUCGAUUAUGGCCGUUGUCGUCGAGACGGUAAUUACAGAAAUUAGUCCAUUUUUGCGCGUCGUGCCAAACUCGUACAAUCCGGAGAGAGAGCUUUGCACAAUUAUGAAUCUGGUGACGGGAGAGGCUAUUCGUAAAAUCUGCCAACUAUUCCUAGUGGCUUCCUCGAGUUUCCAAAAUGAGAACGUGAAACUGAAGACCAAGGUUGAGCAGAUGACCCAGUUGUUUGAAAACAAUACACAGCCUGGUCGACGUUCUCAUGUGCCCAUGGAGAAGGCGGUCUUUGAGGGGUGGCUGGAGUCAGUCUCCGCCUCUUUCCUCUCGCUUAGUGACCAGCAGCGCAACCAGUCCCUGGACCAGCUCAUCUCGCUGAGUAAUGCUGUCCAGCUCCGGCACCUGUCCAAUGGACUGGAGGCGUUGCUUAAGAGGGACUUCCUGCGCCUGUUGCCCCUGGAGCUCACUUUCUACCUGUUGCGGUGGCUGGACCCGCAGACCCUGCUUACCUGCUGCCUGGUGUGCAAGCAGUGGAACAAGGUGAUCAGCGCGUGCACGGAGGUGUGGCAGGGCGUGUGUCGGGACCUGGGCUGGCGCAUCGAUGACUCCAUCCAGGAUGCGUCCCACUGGAAGGGUGUCUACCUCAAGGCCAAGCUGCGCAUGAUGCAGCUGAAGAACCAGGAGGCGUUUGAGACGUCGUCGCUCAUCGGGCACAGUGCCCGUGUCUACGCCCUCUACUACAAGGAUGGCCUUCUUUGCACAGGCUCUGAUGACCUUUCUGCCAAACUGUGGGACGUACGCACCGGGCAGUGCAUCUACGGCAUUCAGACGCACACCUGCGCCACCGUGAAGUUUGAUGAGCAGAAGCUGGUGACUGGUUCCUUUGACAACACCAUUGCCUGUUGGGAGUGGAGCACGGGGGCCAAGAUCCAGCAGUUCCGUGGGCACACGGGUGCAGUGUUUAGCGUGGACUACAAUGAUGAUCUGGACACACUGGUGAGUGGCUCGGCCGACUUCUCUGUGAAGGUGUGGGCGCUGUCGGCAGGCGCCUGCCUCAACACCCUGACGGGACACACCGAGUGGGUCACCAAGGUGAUUCUCCAGAAGAGUGAAGUAGAGUCCAUUGUCCACUGUCCUGGCGACUACAUCCUGUUGAGUGCUGAUAAAUUUGAAAUAAAGGUUUGGCCUAUAGGCAGGGAAAUUAACUGCAAGUGCUUGAAGACUCUGUCCGUGUCAGAGGACCGCGGUGUGUGUCUGCAGCCUCGCCUGCAGUUUGAUGGCCGCUACAUUGUCUGUAGCUCGGAUCUGGGGGUCUACCAGUGGGACUUUGCCAGCUUCGAUAUCCUCAGGGUCAUCAAAACACAGGACCCUGCCAACCUCUCCCUGCUCAGCUUUGGUGAGGUGUUCUCGCUCCUCUUUGACACUGACUUCCUGUAUGUCAUGGAUCUGAGGACAGAAAAAAUAACUGGCCGCUGGCCCCUGCCUGCCUACAGGAAGUCCAAACGAGGCUCCAGCUUCCUGCCGGGAGUCACCUCCUGGCUCAAUGGGCUGGAUGGGAGAAAUGACUCUGGCCUCGUGUUCGCCACCAGCAUGCCCGAUCAUAGCAUUCACUUGGUUCUGUGGAAGGAAAACACCACUAGAGGUGAAACCUACGAUGGCUAGGUUGUCAACUGCCAUGUAAACGGGGUGCUCUGACUUGAAACCCAUAGCCAAGUUAGAUAAUGCAUGAACCAAAGUGUUAAUGUUUUUUCUACCUUUUCUUUCUCGACACAUGCUCUCAUAAUCAAACAUCAUGCAACGUGCUUUCAGAAAGACUAUUGGAGAUGGUUUCACCAACUGAAACGCUGCUAUGAAUACAAGGGGAUGAAAGGCCCAGUUCAGAGGGCAAAGGCAGCGGUUGGUGUUGGUUCCAACCCUGCCAUGGAUUCUCUCUUGAAGGAAAUACGACGACGGGGAGGGUGGCUGAAUGAAGACUAACUCUGGAGAAACUGCGUGGUCAUGUCAGGCUCCACAGCUGUAGAUAUUUCCCCUGUAUUACUAUGUAUCGGGACCUUUACACUUCGGACAGGGUUCUUCAAGCAGCUCAGAGACGGGGAGUUGCCUUAACACAGUACUACUUUACAAUGAAAUACAUUAUGACUGUGUCCUAGGUUUUUCAUAGACUGACCAACCCAUCCCCAUGAGAGUUCCAUGUUGACAUUUUCAAAGUGGUUUAGUGCAUUGGAUUUGUACCAUGUGACUCAUUUGUUGGAUAUUCAGUGUAACUCCAUUGUUGGAUAAUGCUUUUCUUAGUGGUGCUUGUUUUAAAAGUCAACUUGAGAAAUUUAGUCGUGCCUUUUUCGUUUGAUUUAAAUAUCCAUCUGUGUGAUAAGAAUUCCAUUAACCAGGCACACUGCAAUAACAUGACUGUGUUGUACAUUUUCUUUCAUACUAUAACAAACUGCAUACAAUGUAUUUCUAAUACCACUAUUUACCCUACAUGAUUCACUUGAAUAUAUUUUGUGAAUUGCAGAAUUGAAGUAUAGACCAAGUUCACUUCUAGGUUAUUUUUCUAAAAGGCUUUGAGGUUGGAAGUCUUCACAAUGUAGUGAUUUGAAAGUGGACAAUUCCACUUUGUUACAGCCUGAAUUUGAAAUGGAUUCAAUUGAUAUUUUGUCACCGGCCUACAUAAUUUCACAUUUACACCACAAAGACCAGGGACCUAUUGGUAGAAGGUUUUUUUUUUAAAACAUUGAAUUUCCUUAAGAGCAUUUUGUAGUUAUGACACUUUUAGAUGGUGUAUCAAUGCACACAGAGACACGGGCAUCCUUCCUGACUCAGUUGCUGGAGAGGAAGGAAACCGCUCAGGGAUUUCACCAUGAGGCCAAUGGUGACUUUUAAAACAGUUACACAGUUGAUUGGCUGUGAUAGAACACUGAGGAUGGAUCACCAACAAUGUAGUUACUACACCAUACUAACCUAAUUAACAGAAGGGAAAAUAAGGAAGCAUGUACAGAAUAAAAAAUACUUUAAAACAUGCAACAUGUUUGCAACAAGGUACUAAAUAAAUUCAGCAAAAUAAUUGGUAAGAAAUUCACUUUUUCUCCCAAAUACAAAGUUAUGUUUGGGACAAAUACAACACAUUACUGAGUACCACCAUACAUAUUUUCAAGCAUAGUGGUGGCUGCAUCAUGUUAUGGGUAUGCUUGACAUGUUUAAGGACUGGGGAGUUUCUCAGGAUAAACAAACUGAAUAGAGCUAAGCACAGGCCAAAUCCUAAGGGAAAACUUAUUCAGUCUGCUUUCCACUAGAUACUGGGAGAUUAAUUCACCUUUCAGAAACACAAUAACCUGAAACACAAGGCCAAAUAUACACUUGAGUUGCUUACCAAGAAGACCCAAUGUUGUGGCCAAGAUACAGUUUUAACUUAAAUCUACUUAAUUCUAUGGGAAGACCAGAAAAUAUUUGUUUAGCAAUGAUCAAGACCCAAUUUGACAGUGCUUGAAUAAUUUUAAAUAGAAUAAUAGGUAAAUGUUGCAUAUUCCAGGUGUGGAAAGCUCUUAGAGAUUUACCCAGAAAGACUUGCAGCUGUAUUCACUGCCAAAGGUGCUUCUACAAAGUGUUGACUCAGGGGUGUGAAUACUUAUUUAAAUGAGAUUUCAGGAUUUCAUUUUCAAUAAAUUUGCAAACAAUUAAAAAAAACAUGUUCAUGUUUUCACAUUAUAGGCUACUGUGUGUAGAUAUAUUUAAUCAAUUUUGAAUUCUGGCUGUAACAGGAAAAUAUGGAAUAAGUCAAGGUGUAUGAAUGCUUUCUGAAAGCACUGCAUGUCUUAUUGUGACAUUAGGUUCAGCAGUGUACUCAUUUUACUCAUUUCAGCGUUAAUCCCAAUCCAUGCAGUUUUUAAAUGCCCAUUUCAAUACUAAACUCAGCAAAAAAAGAAACGUCCUCUCACUGUCAACUGCGUUUAUUUUCAGCAAAGUUAACGUGUAAAUAUUUGUAUGAACAUAAGAUUCAAAAACUGAAACAUAAACUGAACAAGUUCCACAGACAUGUGACUAACAGAAAUUGAAUGUGUCCCUGAACAAAGGGGGGUCAAAAUAAAAAUAAAACAGUCAGUAUCUGGUGUGGCCACCAGCUGCAUUAAGUACUGCAGUGCAUCUCCUCAUGGACUGCACCAGAUUUGCCAGUUCUUGCUGUGAGAUGUUACCCCACUCUUCCACCAAGGCACUUGCAAGUUCCCGGACAUUUCUGGGGGGAAUGACCCUAGCCCUCACCCUCUGAUCCAUCAGGUCCCAGACGUGCUCAAUGGGAUUGAGAUCCGGGCUCUUCGCUGGCCAUGGCAGAACACUGACAUUCCUGUCUUGCAGGAAAUCACGCACAGAACGAGCAGUAUGGCUGGUGGCAUUGUCAUGUUGGAGGGUCAUGUCAGGAUGAGCCUGCAGGAAUGGCACUACAUGAGGGAGGAGGAUGUAUUCCCUGUAACGCACAGCGUUGAGAUUGCCUGCAAUGACAAGCUCAGUCCGAUGAUGCCUUGACACACCGCCCUAGACAAUGACGGACCCUCCAAAUCGAUCCCGCUCCAGAGUACAGGCCUCGGUGUAAAGCUCAUUCCUUUGACGAUAAACGUGAAUCCGACCAUCACCCCUGGUGAGACAAAACCGCGACUCGUCAGUAAAGAGCACUUUUUGCCAGUCCUGUCUGGUCCAGCGACGGUGGGUUUGUGCCCAUAGGCAACGAUUUUGCCGGUGAUGUCUGGUGAAGACCUGCCUUACAACAGGCAUACAAGCCAUCAGUCCAGCCUCUCUCAGCCUAUUGUGGACAGUCUGAGCACUGAUGGAGGGAUUGUGCGUUUCUGGUGUAACUCGGGCAGUUGUUUGUUGCCAUCCUGUACCUGUCCCGCAGGUGUGAUGUUUGGCUGUACCGUCUGUAAGCUGUUAGUGUCUUAACGACCGUUCCACAGGUGCAUGUUCAUUAAUUGUUUAUGGUUCAUUGAAAAAGCAUGGGAAACGGUGUUUAAACCCUUUACAAUGAAGAUCUGUGAAGUUAUUUGGAUUUUUACGAAUUAUCUUUGAAAGACAGGGUUCUGAAAAUGGGACGUUUCUUUUUUUGCUGAGUUUAUUUACAUAUGUGAUUUCUCUAAAGAUCACGUUUGUUGCUCUGAGGUGAAUUUUUGCCCAAAGAUUGAAGUCUCUUUCAGAGUAUGGAAACACAAAAGUAUCAGGACAGUCUUCCCAGUUUCCAUGAUGUGACAAGACAGCAGCUCAUGAGUGGAAAGAUGGCAUAGAUUUUUCACCAUGGCUGUUUCUUCUGUUUCAUGCUUCGUCUGACCUUGUUUUUUCAUUUUCUUGCCCUCCCUCAAAUCACAGGGAGGGACCUAGGAUCUUCUCCUCCAGUACACUUUGAGAGGUAGGGCAAAGAGUGGAGGAAACAAGGACAGAGGGAGCAAGUAUUGAAAGCUAGUAACAUUUUCAGACAUGGCUUAUCCUUACCUUCUCCCAAGGAUUCCCACACUGAAGUUCUGUACCAACGGGUAGCUCUCCUACCAUUCUGUUGAUGCCUUACUAAGGAGCUGGUAAAUUGUCUAGUAAACCUAGACUUUUUUGUGGAUACAUCUGUUUCUGAAAUAAUAUAUUUCAUAGAGUUUGGUUCAAACAAUCGUAAGCACUGUACAUGCAUCGCCUCACUAAACUGUAGUCACACAUCCAUCCACAAUCAUGUUCCUUCACAAGCAUACAUCAAUCAGCUUAAUUCAGGUCUGUUGGUUGUAUAACACUAUUGCAGUUUUAAAAAUAAAUGAAAGUAGCUAACCUUAAU